AUGGCAUCUGUUGCUCUGGUUGGCGGUCCGCCUCCUUCACCACCGACUUCGACAGAGGGUGAUAUCUUCUCUCCGACACCUCAAAUUGAAGACAUUUACCCCCCUGUGCCCGCGUAUGCCAUCUUGAGCACUGCGCCUGAGUCGGGAGAGCUGCCCGACGAUCUCAGAACUCCACCUCAGACCCAGCCAGUGCUUUAUACGGGUACCCAUUCAUCUUACUACUCUCGCACCGGCGAUUAUUCCUCUUCGAUGCCCACUUCUUGUCCGAUGCCACUGUCUGAUCUGCAAGAUCAUACCCCACCGGCAAUAACAGACGAUAAUAUCCUGCUAGUCAAAGAGGAGCAUUCUUCGCCAUCUGUGUCUUCACAACCAGGGUCUCCGCCACGCUUCCACAUACCGACCACCAAGGCCCUGAAGACCAAGGCCAGCAACUCCUCGCGGGUGAGGAAACCCAAGGCCAAAAAGAAGUCUCCACGGAAGGAGAUCAAUAUCACUCAGCCGUUGAGUGUGCUGACAAAGGGAGGGAAGGUGCCACCCAAAGAUUUGACGGCCUGGGCUCAUCGAUCCAAAGAAGAGAGACUCCGGGAGGCACAGGAGAAAGGCAAGAUCUCUCGACCCAUGAACGCCUUCAUUUUCUACCGGUCUGCCUAUACCAGUUGUGCGAUGGAGUAUCUGAAAGGCGAGAACCACCAGGAUGUCUCCAAGAUCACUGGUGCCAGCUGGAACCUGGAGCCACCAUCUAUUAGAGCGAUCUAUGAGGAUCUCGCCAAAACUGAUCGCGAGAUGCAUGAGCUCAGCCACCCGGACUAUAAGUUUCGUCCUUGCAAGGGCCCUGCCACAACACGACAGAGUGAGAUGACUCCACCGGCAUCUACUGCACCAGGCCCUGUCACAGAUCCAGCUACUCCACUUGACUUUGAGGAAGGGGAGUAUCCUCUGGCUUCAUCCUUGAUCCACCCUCACCAGCACACUCCCAGCCAUAGAUACGUCUACGCGCGCAGCAGCCGAGGCUCAACUCCACACCAAACACCAGAGCCUCGCUUGGUCUCAAAUGGCUUCAUGAGCCCACCGUGGCCCUCCGGUGUUUAUACCCCUCAUGGUCUCCCUAUGGAAGCUGGUGGCCUUCACACCAUUGGGUCCCAAAUGGGAGGCAUGCUCUAUCGAGAAGCCAGUCCAAUGCUUCAGCAUCCUUUGUCCCACAGUUCAGAUGGAAUAGCCGGUAUCCCUGGCCUCGUGCACCGUGAUUUGCUCCAGCCUCAGGAAAUGGCUCCACUCCCCAUGCAUCAAAUGGAGAAUUCCAAUGUGGACCCGCAACUGAUGACGUACCAGAAAGACUAUGGUGGUAUUCAAAACAUAUCUGGGGCAACUCUGUAUCAGGGCACUGUCCCCCAGGUAGUUCCACAUUGGGGUGAAGAAACUUUUCUUACAACAGCGGCGCCAUCACAGACACCCAGUCCAGCCCCUCCUCCAGGAGCAAUGUCUGCAUACGCCCCUUAUAUGCAUCAUGACCCCUCAUAUGAUGCCAAGUUUCACGAUCUCAUGCCUUUUGAAGGCGCCAGUGUUGAUUUGGACCAAUGGUUCGAGCACCAUGCGUCGGGCUUAUAA